AUGGCGGCACCCGUGUUAACUAAGGAGGCUGCUGAAAAGACCGCGCGAUCUAUCUUCGUAGGUAACAUACCGUAUGAAGCGACUGAGGAAAAGCUUAUCGAACUAUUUAGCAAGGCUGGUCCUGUAAUCGGUUUUCGUUUGGUAUAUGAUAGAGAAUCUGGGAAACCCAAAGGCUAUGGAUUUUGUGAAUACAAUAACCCAGCUAUUGCUGCGAGUGCUUUGCGGAAUCUUCAAAAUAUUGAAUUCAAUGGUCGUCCGCUCCGUAUCGGACCAGCUGCUGGAGAGCAAAAUUCUGCUGAACUGGCCCUAAGUAACCCAUCAGUUGGUCCACCACUUGAAAGCCCAUAUGGAGAUAAUAUUGACCCACAAGCUGCACCAGAAGCUAUUAGUCGAGCAGUUGCUAGCUUACCACCUGAACAAAUGUAUGAACUAAUGAAGCAGAUGAAACUUUGUAUACAAAACAAUCCUAAUGAAGCACGCAAUAUGUUACUCCAAAAUCCCCAACUAGCAUAUGCUUUACUACAGGCUCAAAUCGUUAUGAAGAUUGUCGAUCCCAAAGUUGCCAUCGCUAUGUUAAAUCGCAGUCAUGAUCAAAUCCCCCCUGCUAUGCCGGAUGAAGACAUGUCUAUGAGAGCACCAGUUAUGGCUUUUCCUGGUCAUAUCAAUCAGACACCACCUUCUGUGGGUCCUAACACUCCAGGAAAUCAUAUGAUGCCCAUGUCUUCACCUGGGUCUCACUUGCCUCCCUCCGGCUUUCCACAUCACGGUGGACCUGGACCCGUCCCACAUCCAAACCAUUUCGGUGUUGAACAAGUUCCACAAAGAAGUCAAGCACCUCAAGGAAUGCAACAGAAGUUUUAUCCAAAUAAUAUGCCACCUAAUGGGUUUCCUCCUAAUUCUGUUGCUCCACCAUCCCAGCCGCCUUUUGACUAUCCAUCGGGUCAAACACAGUCAUCAGCUGUGUCAGGACAACAACCACAUUUCAAUCCCAAUGGACCUCCAAAUAUGGCCGUCCGACCUCAAAGACCGCCCGCUGCUCAAAUUACCCCUGCAAUUGCUGCAGCGGCAGCUGCAAGCAUGGGUCCCAAUAGUUUACUAGCAGGACAAGGUGAACAAGAAAAAGUCACACUUAUUAUGCAAGUUCUUCAGCUAUCAGAUGAACAACUUGCUCUCUUACCUGAGGAUCAACGACGCAGCAUUAUGAUUUUAAAAGAACAACUUGGCAAAACAGGAGCAAUUUAA